AUGGCGCCCCUUCUCUGGACCUGUUUCGGAAACAAGGGCAGUCGAGAUGGCGUAGAAGGAAGCAUGAAGUCUGAUACAACAACGGAGGAGCCAGGACGCGCGGGACCAGUGGUGGUUGAGAUGUUUUCGUCUCAAGGAUGCGCGACGUCUCCUGCGGCGGAGCUGGUGUUGUCACGGUUGGGUAGAGGUGAUUUUCAGCUUGGAAUGCCGGUGGUUUUGUUGGCCUUUCACGUGGAUUAUUGGGAUUAUAUGGGUUGGAAGGAUCCCUAUGGGUCGAGUCAAUGGACGGUAAGACAGAAGGCUUAUGUGGAGGCGCUUGGGCUUGAUACAUUGUUGACUCCUCAGGUUGUUGUUCAAGGUGUUGCUCAUUGUGUUGGAAAUGACGAGAAUGCACUGGUUGAUGCCAUUAAUAAUGCUACUAGAUACCCUUCUCCUACCUUUCAGGCCACUUUCACAAAACCCACUCAAGACACUUUGCAACUGUCACUAACAGGAGCAUUGAGGAGCAAAGUAGACAACAAUGGUGUGAAUAUCUUAGUAGCCUUGUACGAAAAUGGUUUAGUUACAGACUGUCCAAGAGGAGAGAACAAAGGGCGUGUUCUAUCAAAUGAUUAUGUUGUUAGAAAGCUCGAAAAGCUCUGCACUGAAAAAGACAUAUCUGCUAAGAAGACAAUAACAGGAAGUGUUAGCUUUCCAUUGUGGGGAGGAUUCAAUAGCAGCAAAUGUGGUGCAGCUGUGUUUGUUCAAAGCCCUUCUUACCAGAUUUUUGGUUCACAAAGUUUUCAGUUGCCGGAUAAUAUAUGA